GUAAGCUGCGGUAAAUUUGUACAAUCAGCGCUUUACCUGUCGACAAAAUCUUUGAGGCCAACUCAUCUGGUUCAUUUACUGUGUAAAUCUUUAAAGUUUUUUUAAUAUAAAGCUGCGAUUGGAAACUUAGCGGAGGCAAUGAAUGUAUAUUUUGUAACUUUUUUCGCAUUUUUUUCUGCAUUGAGUCAAAUCAAUUGCGUUUAUGCAAUUAUGUUUCAUUUGGCACCAAACACACAAAAAUGUCUUAAAGAAGAUAUACAAGCAAAUCAGCUAGUGAUGGGCGAAUACGAAGUUUCAGACGUUCCAGGGCAAGUAAUUGAUUAUAUCGCGCGUGACACGAAAGGACAUAUUUUAUCUCAGAAAGAACAAAUUACCAAAGGAAAGUUCAGUUUUAUGUCAGAAGUUUAUGAGACUUACGAAAUAUGCUUUAUUUCGAAGGUGCCAACACACAAACGAGGAAUUGUUCAGGAAGUAUCUCUGGUUACGAAAAAAGGAGUUGAAACCAAAAGCUACGAAGGUAUCGGAGAGGCUUCCAAAUUAAAGCCGCUUGAGGUUGAUUUGAAAAGAUUGGAAGACUUAUCAGAUUCCAUUGUAAGAGACUUUGCUUUGAUGCGCGUUAGAGAGGAAGAAAUGAGGGAUACUAACGAGAAGACAAACAGUCGCGUGCUAUUCUUUAGUAUUUUUAGCAUGUGCUGUCUGUUGGGACUAGCUACUUGGCAAGUACUCUAUCUGCGUAGAUAUUUCAAAGCAAAAAAAUUAAUUGAAUAGAACAAACGUUAAAUGAAAAGUUAUUCAAAUUCAUUUACGACAGUGCCGAGUCCACAUUAGAAUUUAUAUUUCAAAUUUCAGGAAAUUAUAAUUCGGAUUUAAUGGUUAUUGCAAUAAAUUUUGUUGAAAAUUUU